AACGUUUUGAGAAAAUAUUUUUGUGGUGUUCCAUGUAUUAGAAAAACACCAUACCACUUUUUGUAUUGUUUUCAUGUAAUGUUUUAGUCUGCUUAGUUUGUACAUAAAGUGACGAAAGAGAUCCAACAGGGCAAUUUACUAAACCAAAUGUGGGUUAUCACUUGGAUCUUGACACCUGCCUUUGCUUACUCCGCGACCAUUACCCAGAAGAAAAUGUAAUGCAUUCAAUCUGGCAAAAAAGUGCCCCCUGGUGUUUGGUUUCUCUCUGAAUUAGUAGACAACCUUGACGUUCCCUGUGAGGAAAACCGCUGCAAGGAGCGCCGGAGAGACUAACCCCCUAAACGCUUAUUGACUGAUUCCCCCCUUUCCACUCUGCAGUGAGUCGAUAAGAGCGUGGACAAUACGCUCAGGUGAGCGGCUCUUUUUCUUUUCGCCGUGGAUUAUUCUAAGAUGCCUGCCAGCUCUGUGAAGGAACACCUGAUGAGUGGCUCAGUCCAUAGCCUCAAGAAGGCACGGAACAUUGCUUAUUAUAUCGUGCUAGCUUCAUAAGUCAUAAACGGGAAACAUUUUUUCUUUAAGAGACAUGCAAAUUCGAAAUGGAUUAGACUGAAAUCAUCUCUUUAAAGUACACCAAGGAAAGGCUGACAGAAAGCCCCCACCCAAACCCCCUCAGAAUGCUUGCAUGUCCCCGGGGAGCAUGACAGCUACACAGGAAGGAUGCAGUGAGCCCUGCUUGUGAUGGAUAUGGAGGCUGAGAUAGAGGGGCUCCUGAGGGACAGCUUUGGGGCCCCAAACAUCACAAAUUGCACGGGGUCCCUUGGAGACGGGCUCGGGGCGCGGCUGUCGACCGAGAGGAUGGUAGCGGUGGUCUUCUUGGUGGCGCUGACCCUGCUCACCACCCUGAUGAACGUGGGCGUCAUCACGGCCAUCUGCACCACCCGAAAGCUGCACCUGCCCGCCAACUACCUCAUCUGCUCGCUGGCCGUCACGGACUUCCUGGUGGCGGUGCUGGUGAUGCCGCUCAGCAUCCUGUACAUCGCCAGGGGGACGUGGUCGCUGGGCUGGGUGGUGUGCGAGGCGUGGCUGAGCCUGGACAUGACCUGCUGCACCUGCUCCAUCCUGCACCUGUGCGUGAUCGCGCUGGACCGCUACUGGGCCAUCACCAACGCCAUCGAGUACGCCCGCAAGCGGACCGCCCGCCGGGCCGCCGUCAUGGUGGCCGCCGUCUGGGCCCUGUCCGUCUUCAUCUCCGUGCCGCCGCUCUUCUGGAGGUGGAGGCGGGGCCCCGGUGCCCACGGCCACGCCCACUCCCGCUGCGUCAUCGAGCACGACCACGUCGGCUACACCGUCUACUCCACCUUCGGGGCCUUCUACAUCCCCAUGAGCCUCAUCCUCCUCCUGUACUACCGGAUCUACAGCACCGCCAAGACCCUGUACCAGAAGCGGGGCUCCAGCCGCCACCUGAGCAGCCGGAGCACCGACAGCCAGAACUCGCUGGGCCACUGCCGGGUGGCGCACACCUGCGUGUCGGGCCUGUCCUCCUCCUCCGACCCCGCCCUGGAGUUCGACCGGCUCAACGCCGCCGCCCGCUGCCCGUCCUUCGAGGCGGAGGCGGACGGAGCGUGCGAGAAGAGCCAGAUCUGCUCCUCGCGGGAGAGGAAGGCGGCCCGGGUCCUGGGGCUCAUCCUGGGGGCCUUCGUGCUCUGCUGGCUGCCCUUCUUCAUCAAGGAGCUGCUGGUGGGCCUGCGCGUCCUGCACCCCUCGCCCCCCGUGUCUGACCUCCUCACCUGGCUGGGCUACAUCAAUUCGCUCGUCAACCCCUUGCUCUACACCAGCUUCAACGAGGACUUCAAGCUCGCCUUUAAGAGGCUGUUCAGGUGUAAGGAGCACGUGUAGAUCUAGUGGAAAAACUGUGACAGGGCUCAGGACAAUGAACAGUUAGGGAACUGGUUAUAUGAUGCAGCUGCAUUCUACUCAAUAUUUUCAUAGCCAAGCUUUCUCUUUUUUUCUUUUGAAGUAAAACUGUCAGUAAAGACUGUUGUUUCCCCAGGGUGACACAUGAAUACAACUCUGUAUAAGCCAGGAAAGUAUUCGGCCUUGAGGCUUGACUAGGAUUUUUUAAAAUACGUAAGCACAAACACACAGUCAAGAAUCCAUUCAAUUUUUUAAAAUUAAAUGCCGAAACUUCUUAGUUAUGUUGUUGUGUGAUAAUGCCUCUAGAUGUUGCUUUUAACAGGAAAUCAUAUUAAUUGCCUCUUAAUUGCCAUUGUUGAUAUCAGGCAGGGGUCAUGCUAAUGGUUUUCAAUGGCACUGAAGUCACUAUCAGGCUCAUUACUCAUAUACUUUUAAUUUCUCAUAAUAAUUUGUACGCUGCCAUUUGGCUUAAUUUUAUCUCUUAUCUUUUAUCUUUUUUUACAUUUGUGAAAAUAAAUUAAUAAAAGCAUUUGCAUAAUGUUCUUAAUGCAAAAGAAGAGUUACAAAAUUCUAAUGACAUCAUUAUUAGACAUGCAAAACCACAUUUCAUAAUGUCUUGAAUCACUGAAUCUUUUUAAAUAGCAGUUUUGCCUGAACAAUAACUGAUAUAUUAAACAUUAGUCACUGAAACAAAAUUUGAUGUGCCAUUGAUUAAUCAUUCCAACAACCUGUGCACUCAGGAAUAAUCAAACAUGCGAUUCAUUUUUUGAAAUUUAUGUAAAUCAUUGAAUCGAAUCUGAAUGAUAAAUUAUGAAUGAUUAUACAAGAAUUUAACAGCAAGGUUGCUCCAGUGGAUCUACUUGAUCAUUUACAUUUAGCCACAUGUUUUCAUCAAGAUCAUAUGAUAUGUCUUCAUCUGGGAAAAGAUGGGAGUAGUCUUCUUGCAUCUUUGGGAAAAUGUUCUUGCAUGAGACUUUAAUUCUUAAUCCCUGAUGUGACAUCAUAACACGCUUCAUGCAUUGCCUGAUGUCGUUGCUAUCAUAUACCUAUCUCUUCUAGGUGGAGGAAACUUCCAUAGAGGUAAGCAAUGCAGAGGAAUGGAUCAUAGCCAGCUUGUGUUUGCUUUAACAUGGAAGUAUUUAUUACAAAAGAAGUAGGACCAAGUAAAGUUGUCAGGUUAUUAUUGCUACUUCUGUAGAACUACAGGUUAACUGAGACUGAUAUUGCUAUAACUGUUUGCUUGUCUUUAGGUUUUGAAAAUAAUUAGUACAUUUAGUAAUUUAUGGUCAGUGUACCUCGGAAAUAUGCUGUAAAACCAGACUACGCUGCACAUUCCAUGUUAACUUGCAAGUUCUCUGAAGAUAUGUCCCAGUGACAGAAGCUACUAUUAAUAUCUGCAGGGUCACUUGGACAACCAGCCAA